AGCGUCGAAGACUUGGCAAAGCAGACCGAGGUUCUGUAUGGCUGUGUCCGCUUUGGAUCUACACAGGCUUUCUUCAAGGAUUCCAAACAUGAGACAUACGAGAGGAUGUGGAAUGUCAUGAAAGACAACCUGGUAUCGUCCAACGCCGAGGGCGUUGAGCGGGUGGAGCGUGGAGGCUACGCCUUUCUGAUGGAAUCAACCAGCAUAGACUAUGUGGCUCAGCGUCGGUGCGAACUCACGCAGCUCAGAGGGCUCCUGGAUUCAAAGGGAUAUGGUAUUGCAAUGCCACAAGGUUCACCGUACCGCAGCGCACUCUCAUCAACUAUUCUACGUCUUCAAGAAAGCGGGACAUUACAAACGCUCAAGGACCGCUGGUGGAAGGUCAAGGAGCCAGCGAGGCGAUGUCCUGACGACCAGACGGCGUCCAAGAAAGACGCGGUGAGCGAGCUAGGCCUGCCCAAGGUGGGCGGCGUUUUCGUCGUACUGCUUGCCGGACUUGGUCUGGCUUGUCUCAUUGCCUUCGCCGAGUUCUUCUUCAAGGUGCGUUCAUCGCGCAAAAAGCGUCGCAAUGCUUCGACAGGUGCUUCGACAUCGGGACGACCGGUAGAUAUCAGUGGCAAGUACCUCCUGUAGGUGGCCUCAUAAAGUGGAUAAAUGAAUUGUUCAAAAGUGUCUAGCACGGACAAUGCUGCCAACGUCGACAAAGAGAGCCGAAGUGUCUCCUUUAAAAACUGUCGACUGUAUGCAACUGCCACAUCAUUUUUUUCCAGGAAACUACGCGAGGCUCUAAGUACAAACAACGUUUAAUAAAUUUGUAAACAUUCCGUA